UCGGCCGGAGGUCUGACUCGCGCCUGCUCAGUGUGUCCGUCUGCUUUCUCCUUCACGGUGUCCCGCUGCAGCGACCAGCGCACAGAAACUCUGUACGCUCCGCCCCAUAAAUACAGAGACAUGGCAGAGAAUAAAGUGGAGAGUGUGGUGCAUCAGGACAAGACAGGAAAAGACAAGCAGGCAGAGAACAAAGACCAAUGUGUGACAUGUCAGCACCACGUACCCAAGGGACAUGGCACAAUGGCCGUCCCUCCUGCAUACUCAGACCUGGGAAAAUCUGCCAAAGACAUCUUCAAUAAGGGCUAUGGCUACGGAGUUCUGAAGCUGGAUGUAAAGACCAAGUCCCAGAGCGGUGUUAUGGAGUUCUCCACCUCCGGCUCCAACAACACAGACACAGGGAAGUCAGGAGGCCACCUGGAGACCAAGUAUAAAGUGAAGGACCUGGGUCUCAAUUUCAACCAGAAAUGGAACACAGACAACACUCUCACCACAGAAGUCACCAUGGAAGACCAGCUGGCUAAAGGUUUGAAGCUUGGCUUGGUCACGUCAUUUGUGCCCAACACCGGCAAGAAGAGUGCCAAACUGAAGACCGCCUACAAGCGUGACUUUGUCAACGUGGGCUGCGACCUGGACUUCGACAUGGCCGGUCCCACCGUCCACGCGGCUGCUGUGCUGGGUUACGAGGGCUGGCUGGCUGGCUACCAGCUGGCUUUUGACACUGCCAAAUCUAAGCUCACCCAGAACAACUUCGCCCUGGGCUACAAGGCUGGUGACUUCCAGCUUCACACCAACGUUAACGACGGCACAGAGUUUGGUGGCUCCAUUUACCAAAAGGUGAACAGCAACAUGGAGACAGCGGUCCACUUGGCCUGGACAGCCGGAAGCAACAACACACGAUUUGGAAUUGGAGCCAAAUACCAGCUGGAUAAGGACGCCUCUCUGUCUGCCAAAGUUAACAACGCCUGCCUCGUUGGAGUUGGAUACACACAAACCCUCAGGCCAGGAGUGAAGCUCACUCUCUCAGCUCUGGUUGACGGGAAGAACGUCAACGGCGGCGGACACAAGGUCGGCAUGGGUUUCGAGCUGGAGGCAUAAAGAUUUUGGCGUGAGGACAGACAGGAAGAGAGGAAAGCAACAUAGGAGAAGAAUAAAGAGCCCAAAUGUGACAACACCUCAAAGGUCCACUCAGCGACACUUAAACACAUCUUCCCUCUGAGUCCUACACACACACGCACACAGAUACGUGCACGCAGACACAGUCCGCACACACAGUCCGCACACACAUUCUUUGGCCUUAACCUUGCAACCCCAAGACCUCCAGUACUGUUAUUUUAAAAGGAAUCAAGCAUAAUUUUGUGUUAGUUACUUUUACAUUUCCCAUUAUUUACAGAUUCCACAACCAACUUUGGAGUAAUUACUAUCAGAAUACAGCAAAACAACAGAGCUGUCAGUAGCAAAGUCAUGCCAAGUCAUCCAUUUUUUCCAAAUAAUGUGCUACUUAUCACCAGUGCACUCUCACUAUAGCAUUUGUGUCUCAAAUAUGUCUGUAUUCUUUCUGAAAAUGAGAUUUAAAGCACCAGAUUUAUUUUUGACUGCGUGGUCAGCUCAGUUUGUUCAGAUAUAUUUGGGUUUUAGACAGAAUAAUUAGAUUAUUAGAGGAUGCGUGUUCCGGUAGAUCGUGGUUUUGUUGCAUGCUUUCAAGGCUAGAGGGAAGUUUUUGACUUUUCGUUGUCACAUUGACAAGUACAGCGACUGUAAACGGAUGCAGUAAAAGCUGAAGAGACUUCAGUACAACAGACAAAGAGUAGCUGAUCCUUCUCAGACUUUGAUUCCACCGUUUAACCUCAGUAACACAGUUAUGAGCUGUGAACCUUCAGUUGCCUAAAUGUCUAUUUUUCAGGUUCCUGUUUGGUUAAAAAAAAAGGGGCCGAUGGCAAUUUGGAUUUCUGUGUCACCUCUUUGUCUCGUUUUGUGUCCUGUACCUGUUCAACCUUUACCACUACAUCUCACUUUACCUGUGCUGUGCUUUGUAUAGGAAAGUUAGCCAACAGUUAGGACCUCAAACUGAUUUUAUUGAAUUAAUGGAAUAAAGAAAUGUCAAACACUA